AACAAAUGGAACUACAACAACAGCAACCAACAGAGGAGGGAGGAAACACCCAAGCAGCUGGAAGUAGUGCCAACAUGGAUUUCUGGCGAAGCCGUACCAGAUGGAUUCCUACUCCAGAACAAAUAAGAAUCCUCAAGGAUCUUUACUACGUCAAGGGAUUUAAGUGCCCAUCUACAGAGCACAUUCACGAGAUCUGCCUCCAGCUGAACCAGUAUGGACAUGUUGAGGGUAAGAACAUUUACUUUUGGUUCCAGAACGUCAGGGCUCGAGAGAAGCAGAUGAAUAGGUGUAAUCAGGCUGCUCCAGUGCCCAUGGGAACUAGUUCUCUUGGUACUGGUGGAUCCAUCGAUCUCAAUUUUGGGUCCACUGGUUCUACUGGUGCUGGUGGAUCCAUCGACAUCAAUUUUGGGCCAGCUGGUGGAUCCAUCGACAUCAAUUUUGGGUCCACUAGUUCUACUGAUGAUGGUAGAUCCAUUGAUCUCAACUUUGGUUCCACCUAUUCUACUGGAGGACAAACAUCCCUACAACAACGAGGAGGAGAUCACCAGGAGGUUCAAACUCUUCCUCUGUUCCCCGUGCACGGCGAGGACGUCUUUGGUAACCUGAAGACUACUUCCGAGGAAGGUAGCGCAUUUGGUUACUAUUCUGGUGGCUCAGGCGGUUACCACAGUGGCUCAAACGUUUCUCUUGAGCUCAGCCUCAACCCAUCCGGAGCUGCUGACUAGGCUUAGUAUAGAAUAGUCCUCGUUUCCCUUUUUGUAAUAUAAAAUCAAUAAGAUUGUGUGCAUGUUUUCUUUUCUUUUUGUUUAACCAACAACAACACCAAGGAUCGAACCUUGGUCACUCAAUACUCUUUUCAAAACCAUCGAGAACUCUGCUGCACACAUCUUUCAUAAUGAUGCAAUAAAAACAAUCACUCAAAACCUAGCAAUCAAUUAAGUCACACAGAGGUCAAGCUAGUAUCCUCUGAGUCAAACCAAACACAAUAAUUUCGUCGCUAGAAUUAGGGAUUAAUAAAGCUAAACACUUCCUGAGUUAGUUAGGAAAAACCCACAUCUUUAGAGUUACACUUACAACUCUAAAAAAAAUCUCGAUCAUUCCAUCUAUCAAUUGCUUCAACAAGCAAUAUGUACCAUCUUAGCAUCCACUAAUCGAUACUGGUACAACACUCAGUAUCUCACCCACGAAUCACCUCACUGCUCAUUUGGUGGUAAGUCAA